AUGGAAGCGGAACAGAAGUUUCUGCAGCUGUCGACGAAAUUCCUAUUUUUGAACAGUGCCGGGACCCAAUCGGCGGAUUAUCAGCAGGAAAUCAACACACUGCUGAACGAACUGAAUGGAUUGAAUUAUCGUGGAUUCCGGCUUAGCGACGGCCGGGCACCGGUGCUUGUCAUUGAAUCGAUGGUCAACAUUCCACCGCAGGAGGACACACUUGUGGUGAAGGCAUGCUUUUUGACAAAAUGUCUUGUGCAGCGCCAGCAGGUGGUGCUAUCGGAGACGGUGGUCAACCGGUUGAUUGGUUGGCUGCGCGUGUGUCUCGAGCGUUGCUUCUAUCAGGUGGCCUGUGAGGUACUUGAAACUAUGCAACUCGUUUUGCGACAGUGCAGUGAUGUCUCCAAGUUUUACGAAUUUCUUAUCUCCACCAACGGUAUUCUGGUCAACGUGCUAAUGGACCCUAACUAUCGGCAGCAGCAACAAUCAGCCAGCAAGCAAACUGAUCAGUGCAGUUCGAGUGAACUGUACCUGGCUGCCCUGUUAUGCAUUGAGUCCGUGCUAAAGUGCUCCGAAAACGCUGGUGAAGCUUUUGCGCCUUAUCUUCGUGUAGUAGGUGAUGCGGUGGUGAACUUGAUGUUUAAGAUACGAUCGGAAGAUUUCACGGAACGUGCCUACUACAGUUUGACAACGUCCGCUCUGAAAUGUUUCGGAAUGAUUGUUACGUUGGACGAUGCCGGCGAGUGGACCAGUACUCAGCUUGGACGACUGAUCGGGACGGCCAAAGCGUUCAUGAUGCACGGUAUUCCCGGGGUCACAAAGCACGUUCCACAGCGAAUUCCCGUGUCCCAGCAGGGCAUUCCGGAACCGCAGCACAUACCGAUCAGCAAGGGUGGCAAGAUGGCUAAGACACGUAAGACACGAACUCACGCAAAAGGCAAGAAGACUGGCAGCUCAUCAACUGCAGCGGCAGGACGAGACAAACAUCCGUCGACGGGCGAUGCAGAGGUCAAUCGGCAGCCGUAUUCCGAGUCGAGCAUCAUGCUUGAAUGGACUCAGAAUUCAUCAGACGCGCUGCACAGCCAGACUAGUGACUCGGAUUUCUCCGAAACCGAAACAGGCCUGCAGCGAGCACAAAUUGAUCGUAACCGGAUGUCCAAAUUGCGGCACGCGGCCCUAAUCCUCGUUGGGACAUUAGCGCAGCACGUCGAGAAACGGGUCAUGUUCGGGUAUUGGCACGCCCUGUUUCCGGAUGAGAACCGGACACCGAGCACUGUUUCGCUGCUAAAUUGCAUGCUACGCGAUCCGCUGCCCAGUACCCGAAUUGCAGCAAUCCAAGCCACGGCAUUCAUGCUGUACCGCUCGAAACCAUUCCUAGUGCAGGCCGAAAGCAGUAAGAAACCUCUGAUGUCCUUUACGCCGUUUUCUGUCACACUCGGGAAUAUGGUGAUCGAGACGUACGCCAUGAUGACGCAAGCGCUGGCGCAAGAAAGUAAUCUUAGCGUGCUGACGCAGCUCCUUAAGUGCCUAACGGUGCUGGUACAGGCCACACCAUUCCAUCGGCUGCGCCCCGGUAUAGCGACCGAGUUUGUUACCAUCGUCCAACCACUGGUCAGGCACCGUGAUCCAACGAUCAAAGUGGCGGCACUAAUGGUGAUGGGAUUCCUCAUCUCGGUGCCCGACAUGACCGAGGAGAUUGCGGGCCUCGUCGGCAUCGAGCAGGUCGAGGUGCCACCCACAGGAAACGAGGCACGCAGCAAACCAAUCAUCAAAGCCCUUCACCUACAACAACUUGGUCCGGAAGAGGAAGAAGAAGCCUGCGAAUCGGACACCGAGGAAACGGAAACAGUGCGAACGCACCCCGACGGACAGUCCGCAGGGAGCGAAUCGAUUUCCUGGCUGUUGCAGGUGGCGUUAGAAAAUCUGGGCAUCGGUGCGGCCCCAUCUUCCGUGAUGCCCGUGCGGAUGGAAUGCUUGCAGGUACUAUGUGCUAUGGCCAGUCAUUACUCGCUGCUCCGCAAGCACCUUAGACUCGUGGCACAGGCGCUAGUGAAUGCUUUCGGUGACCCGGUGACGGAGGUUAAACUUGUCGCGGGUCGGGUUCUCGAUUUAGUCGGUCACGCUGUUCAUACAUCGUUGCUAUCGAAAGAUACCGUCGAUACGGAGGAACUCAACAAGGCCGUACAGUUUUGGAACGUCAUCCUCCCGACGGCGACAGAACAGAUCCAAGACGUUUAUCUGUUUCCCAACCUGCGCUCGGCUUGCUGCGACGCAUUGGGAAACAUUGGGGUGCAUGUAUUUGAAAAGUUUCCGCGCGAUCGACAGCUGGCACUGGUUUCGAUGCUGACCGGGUGUACCUUCGACGAUGACAGUGGCAUAGCGGCCGCAGCCGCACGAGCCCUUUCCGUGUACAUUCUAUUUCCGUCGUUGCGUGACGACGCCUGCUACGUGGAGAAUACGAUCGAUUCGAUCCUGCGCAUCUUACGCGACCCCAAUCUGAAUGCACGCAUCAAAACGAGCUGGUCACUCGGUAACGUGACCGAUGCGCUAAUCCUGAACCAUCAGCACAACCAACGGGCACUUACCGAGGGUCCGGUGGCCGAAGAACGGGGGUCGGCGACGACCAGUGACUCUAUGCUGAAGAGCAUCCUCGAGGCGGCCCUGGAAUCGGCACGCGACAACGAUAAGGUGCGCAGCAACGCCGUGAGGACGAUUGGCAAUGUAUUGCGGCUGCUGCGUGCGGCACAUUUUGAGCAGGAGCAGGGCGUUUGGCCAAGCCUCAGGGACGCGGCGAUCGAACGCUUGGUACAGAAUGCGUCGGCCGCGGGUGGUGUUAAUGUGAAGGUAAAGUGGAACGCCUGCUACGCCCUGGCGAACAUGCAGAAAAACGAAAGCUUCUUCAUGGCCACGGGUGGCUGGUGUGCGGCGUGGCAGAAGCGCGUCUUUCCCGCACUCUGCGAGGUCGUUGUAAAUUGUCCCAACUUUAAGGUACGCAUCAAUGCGGCCCAAGCUCUAACGGCGCCCGAUCGCCGUUCCUACUAUGGUGGUUCACACUUUAUCGCGGUCUGGACAGCGCUGCUGCAAGCUCUGGAACAGUCAGACAAUCUGCUCGACUACAACGAGUACAAGCGGCGCGACACGCUCCAGCAGCAGCUUUGCCUCUCGCUGGCCCACUGUCUGCGGUUGGCUUCCGGCGAUGACGUUAGCCCGAUGGCUGCCGUCCUGCUGCCACUGUAUGAUGCCGUCCGCCAAAAUUGGGUGCGUGUAGUCAAUCGGAUAUUGCCGGAGAAAAGCGCCCUGCUUCUCGAAGCGCACCAUGUACUGUUGGAGCAACGACGACCACAGGGCAGGAAGGAACGUUUGCCUAACGAAUCGGUUCCGGACUCAGCCUGGAACCUACUGCUGAAGUGCUUUGACUGUGGCGAUCGUGGCCUCGAGGAAAAGUGA